AUGGAAUUACAAGCAUUUAAAGUUUGGUGCAAGGACAAUGUCUACUCCCUAUUGAUUAUAAUAAGUGCUAUAUUGGGACUCAUUUGUGGAUUUAUAAUGAAGUCCAUAUUCACUAUAAGUCCGCUCGUAUUGACUUAUAUCGGACUCCCGGGAAAACUAGUUAUCAGGGCAUUUAUGAUGAUUAUAGUGCCUCUUAUUGUCUCAUCUCUGGCCACAAUAGACAAUAGUGGAGACCCUGGUGUUGAUAUCAAGCAAAUGAUUGCCAGUCAGGACGAGAGUAUAUACGAUGUGUUUAUGAAUCUCAUACCGGAUAACAUAAUCGCCGCCACAUUUAGCACUCAUUACACGGCACUCGUGCCCAUCGACUCGCAUAACCUGACCCUUGGGUACAAAAAACUGGCCGAAAGGGCGUUCAAACCAAAUAUGUUAGGGUUGUGUGUAUUCUCACUAAUACUGGGCUUCGCUGUCAAACAGUUGGACUCAAAGGCAGACACUAUUCGCCGGAUUUUAGUCGAGACUAACGAUAUAAGUAAUGCCGAUCGGAAUGUUUUGCUGGAUUAUAUUCUCCUUGAUAAUGUCGAUGGCCUUUCCGGGUGCACCAUCUGGUGGUUCAUCUAUAUCAUCGGGAUUGAUAACCCGUUGGAUAUACUCGCGUACACAAUGACAAUGGACUGGCUCAUGGAAAGGGUGCGCACAAUGGGUAACGUCUAA